CUCUUCCUGGUGGGCUCGAAGAAGGAUCUGAGUCCGCCCGCACAGUACAGCCUCAUGGAGAGAGACGCCAUCAAGGUGGCCAAGGAGAUGCGGGCGGAGUACUGGGCUGUCUCCUCGCUCACCGGGGAGAACGUGAGGGAGUUUUUUUUCCGCGUGGCCUCGCUGACCUUCGAGACCAGCGUGCUGGCCGAGCUGGAGAAGAGCAGCGCCAGGAAGAUCGGGGACGUCGUGCGGAUUCACAGCACGGACAGCGACCUGUACCUGACGGCGCAGAGGAGGAAAUCCAAGUGCUGCCGCUGACGGGGGACGCCAGCCCCGCCCCGCUGCGUGCACCGAACUCUCUUCGCUACCAAAGAGCUGCUGGCGGAUCCCAGCUGUGGGCCUGCGGGGGCUGGUGCCUGCUCAGCGGAGAUCCCUCCCCCCGGCUCAGCUCCUGCCCCCGCCGCUCACCCUGCUCACCCAGAACUAUUCCUUCCCUCUGCGCCCUGGGCCGGGGCAGCUGGGAACCACGGCCUGGCUCCAGCUCCUGGGCUGGGGCUGGGCUGAAGCACAGGCAGCAGCCAGGCGUUGGGAAGAGCUGCCGGCACCGCUCCUUGCCCUGACCGGCCAGGUGAGCGAUGGAGGCAGCUGAGCACCCCUCCGUUCUGUGCCCUGCAGUGCCCCCCUCCUGGCUGGGACAGGAAUCCCCCCUCCCUCCCGGGCUAGGGCAGAGCGUGGUCUCUGCGUGCCCCGGCCCUGUCCCCUGCUGGCCUCGUGGCUGGGGCUGGCUGGGCAGGGCGCUGCCCUGCUUUCGCUCCGCUGGUGUUAAUGCUGCCAGGAGCCGGCCGCGGAGCCAGGCAGCGUCCUGCCCACCUACUGCAACAAGAGUCAGGAAGCAGCUGGAGCAGUAGCCUGGGACUUGCCCCAGACCCUGCUGCCUGCAGAGAAAGGGAAGAGACUGCACAAGCUCGUUAACUAUGCAAAUCAGUGUGUAAUCAACAAAGGGGAGAGGUCUCCUGGCGCUGACGCUAUGUAAUAAAGCCGAAUUUCUACGCUUUUUUAAAAAAAAGAAAAUACCCAGUGAUUGGGGGUGUGGGGACCAGUGCUGGCCGGAUUUCCUCUGGGAGCGAGG